AUGUCUGAUUGGACUCCCAUUUCCCAAGAUCAAAGAUUGAAAAAGAAGAUACUUACUCCAGCUCGCUCGGAUGAGCAACCACCAAUUGGAUCAAAGGUUUCUGUUCAUUAUACUGGAACAUUAACCAAUGGCAAAAAGUUUGAUUCCUCUCUCGAUAGAGGACAACCAUUCGUCUUUACUUUGGGCAAAGGAGAGGUGAUUCGUGGUUGGGAUAUUGGAGUUAAAUCAAUGAAAAAGGGUGAAAAGUCAUACUUUGAAAUUCCUUCAGAUUAUGCAUACGGAAACACUGAAAUCCCUGGCCUCAUUCCAGCAAAUUCAACAUUGAUGUUUGAAAUCGAGCUGUUGUCAUGGAAGUAA